UAUGUUUUGUAAGCAAGAACACUGCCACAAGGCCUUGCACUGCACUGCACUGACUCUACGAAGUUCAGUGCAUGCUCAAUACUGGACUUGGAUGGCACACAAUCAAACAGGUGUCAAUGGAUAUGGAGUCAAGCAGUAUCCUCCUGAAGAUGUCCUUUGUGAGGCACUCCAUCAGUAUGCCAAGGAACCACUCAUGGUGCAGGAACAUUUGGCAAGACUGAACUCUGAGUUCCAACUUACUGUCAAGAAGUCCUGGUUGCAUGAAUUAAACAAGCAGUUUGAUGUUCCAAGUCCACAAAAGCCACCCCUGACUGAUAUUGCAACCCAAGCUGUUCUGGAGAAAGUUGCGAAUGAUGUCAACCAGGCAAAUGGAGUCCGAAUGAUCACAUCACUUUUGAGUAGUGAAGGAAUGCCCCCACCUUGGUAUGACCCUUAUGUGUCAUACAAACAUUCCUUAUGCAUUUAUUUAUCUAGUGAUUUUGUACACACUGUGCUUGCCUGCCAUGCACCAGAUGGGUCGAAUGCAUGGUUUCCUCAUGGCAAGCAAGUUCACAGAUCAACCUUAUCAGCUAUUGGGCCUAAAUCACCAGCAUCAUGUGGAUGGAUGGGUGGUGUAGGACUUGACAUAUAUGGGAUAAAGGACCAAUGGAGUAGUUUUCUUCUCCAUCUUGUUGUAGUUCCAAACCAUCAGCUUGCAGCAACAAUUGGCCAUUGUUAUGCUUGUUUCCCUUGCAGUUUUGUACUCAAUAUUGAUGUGGAAGCAAUACCUCUGACAUUUGUUACUGACAGAGGCUCAGAAACAGGUAUCAUUUUCAGCCAACCAGACAGCACUGUGUUCUUGAAGAGUGUCCAUAAUACACCCAUUGAGGGCUUGUGGCACUGGUUUCUUGAUACAAAGGCGGACUACAUGAUGGUGUAUAUCACCCUAAAUAUAUCUCUUCACAAGCAACUCUUCUACUGGCUCUGGCUGAAAAUUUUGCAGGGCAAAUUGGAUUCUUUUGUGGAGUAUUGGAAUAACCACUGCAUUUGCUACCAGAAACAAAAAUCCAAUGCUUCAACAUCACAAGGUGGACAGGACUGCAAGAUCCCUGUUACCCAAGACAUAAUUGAUGCACUGAGGCAUGAAAUCCCAGUUUUGAGAGAUGUGUCAAUGUGUUGGGUAAGUGAAGAGUUUGGUAAUUUGGCCAAAAGGAUCUAUGAAGAAAUUGGAUGUCCCAACUUCACACUGCAUGGAGGCUGGGCUAUUUUUCAAAAAAUGGAGGAAAUCCUUGUCAAUGAACUUCAGGUUGAUGAGCUCUUAUAGUCCAUAUUUAUGCUGAUUAGCUAUUUCACAGAUCAGAACUUAAUAUGAGUCUGAGAUGUAGUGGCAUCUCUGUGGUCACAACUCCACAUGCAACAAAAUGCUACUCCCAUUUUAGCAACACAAAGGAUAUCACCAGCCAUGGAAAUAAUGUACAUGGAAACUGCAGGCUUGACAUGAUGUACAUAGAAUUUUGAUCCAUCUGCAUAUGAAGGCC